AUGAGUAUCACGGCCCAGCUGUUGGGGACCCAUCGCCUGGCGGUUGCGCCUUCGCUGCACAUCUUCUGUGAGGGCCCGCGACUGCUCAUCAACGCGGGAGAGAAUGUGCAGCGAUACCACCUCGAGAAGAAGCUGCAUUUACACCGCAUCAGUGAUAUCUUCUUGACCUCCCUGUCGCUUUCAGCCACAGCGGGUCUUGUUGGACUUCUCCUGUCUUUAGAGGGCACUGGAGCCUUUGCAGUCACCGUAUGGGGGCCUCAAGGCUUAAGAUCUAUGCUGCAACUGGCUAUGAAGUCGUUCGCAGGACUCACCACGCUAGAAAUCAACUACCGCCUCCUGGGGCCUCUGGAGGCCCCUGCCGCUCUCUCCGGGGAACGCUUUUGCACGGGGGGUGUCUGCAACGGGGGCUGUCGCCACCGCAGCAGUAUUGGGGGGAGCAGCAGCAGAAGCAAGGGCCUUCGUACGUGUGCAUGCUCGUAUGGACCAACUGUCAAGGGAACGGCGAGCGGGGUUCCCGUUGAGGCCUACUUCCUUCCGCACAGCAGCAGGCUGCUACCGCAGCAGCGCCGCGAGACAUCAACGGACAACCCCCUCCUUAGCAGCCCCCAUAGCUCCAGCAGCAUGCCUAACAACAGCCACUCCCUUUCAGACGACGAAGCAGCAGCAGAAGCAGCAGCAACAGGGGCUGCUGCCGCCGCUGCAGAGGCUUGGGACGCAGCCACAAAGCGCCGCAGGCUCCACUCCGCGGGGUCAUCAUGCUUAGAUUUUGCUGGGGACGAAGGCACUCCCCAGGAAACAGCCAGAGGCAGCGCUGCAGCGACGCCCGUGGGGAUGCGCCAGAAGCCCACACCAGCAAAGACUACCCUGCAUAAUGGCUAUGCAGAAUCUUCCGACUGUCUUUUUCUGCUCUUACGGUGCCCCACAGUGCGGGGCCGCUUCUUUCCAGAAAAAGCAAAGGCCUUGGGAAUUCCUCCUGGCCCCCUGUAUGCACAGCUGAAGAGCGGUGAGCGGGUGCAGCUGGGAGACGGCCGCUGGAUCGAACCCUCGCAAGUUUGCAGCGAUCCUCAGGAGGGAAAGGCCUUUGCUUUUGUGGAGUGCCUUGAGCCUCAACAAGCACUCAAAGCCGUCAGCCUCGACAGCGACGGGGAACUGGAGGCACCAGCCAACAAGGGUGCUCGCAAUCGCUCAUGGGAGGAGACGCAUCCAGGCGCUGUUGCCAACCUAAGGGUCCAAAUAAAGGCGUGUGGACGUCUGACGUGCUGGACGUCGCAUAAGGGCUCCUUCGCGAGUACACCUUUCCUCCACGCAGCGCGCUUAAACAAUUUGUUGCAUAGCCUGAUGCCCCCUCUCUUUCCACGGAGGCAGCAGAAGGAGCAAACAUCGCUUGGAGACGAUCAUCCCGCCACACUGGCGCCCCCUUCCCUCCCUUGCAAACCCGAGGCCCUUCUAGAGAUCGAGCCCCUACAAAAACUGUGGCUCUCACCACCUUCACGGGCGCUGCUGGACGAAGCUCCAAACAAAGCGCAAGAAUCGCACAUCGGCUGCUUUGAGACCUUGUUCGAACCGGCUACUCUGAAGGAGCUGCAGAAGGCUUUUGCACGCCAUCUGCCGACGCCAGAUCUACUCUACGAGGGGCAAGUUCCCCAUGGAUUUGGAGGCCCCGCAUUGAAGAUCCUAGGAACCGGAUCGGCAGCCCCUUCACACUACCGGAAUGUGUCUGCCACAGUUUUGCAGCUCACACCGCACCUGAGCAUGGCCCUUGAUUUCGGUGAAGGCUCUCUCUCCCAGUUGCGCAGUGCCACAGAGACGGAAGAUGAAUUUUUGCAGAUCCUCUUGUCUCUUCAGUUUGUUUUCAUCUCGCAUUGCCACGCCGACCACCACUUAGGAGUGCUGCCCCUGCUGCAAUGCCGGGCUGCCCUCUUCCCAGAUGCAGCUCCCCCCGUCGUAAUUGCACCGUCUCGCCUGCAGGUAUGGUUCGCAUUUGCCCAUAAGGAGCUCGCGUUUAUUCCUCAUGAAUUCGUCUGCUGUGACGCCUUUCUCUCCUCUCUGGAGGAUCCCUUUUCAACAGAACACCUUCCAGCCAUCACGGCUGUCUCAUGGGAGGGCGAGAAUGCAGGCCUUGAGAUACGCACUGUUUCCGUGGACCAUAUCCCGGAAUCGUUUGGCAUCCGUAUCGAUUUCAAGGGUGUCAGCGUUGUCUACUCUGGAGAUACCAGACCAUGCCCUCAGCUCUUUGCGUUGGCGAAGGGCUGCACGGCACUCCUUCACGAGGCCACCUUCGAAGAUGGGCUGCUUGCGGAGGCCAUUGAGAAGAAGCACUCCUGUGUCAGCGAGGUGCUUGAGGGAGCGACCGCGUGCGGCUCCGAAAGCGUCAUCCUAACACACUUCAGCCAGCGAUAUCCAAGGGUAAGUGAGCGAGGGAACCUGUUGUGUAAGGAGUUGACUUUAGUGCAUCGGUGUGGGUGCGGAUGUCUUUUGCAAGUUUCCUCUUCAUCAGGCAACUGCGCUAUCGUGCGUUCCACACAUAGGCUUUUGCCGUCAUCAUUCUUUCCUGCUGUAUCCCUUGCGCCACCACCGCAGAUCCCCCACAUGCCGUUAAACGAUAGGAGCUCCCAAGCUCCUUUCGAGUCUGGUGAGGGAGCCUCUACCUCGGAGAUCUCUAUCCGCAAACCUUCCGUCUUGUACGCCUUUGACGGUAUUCACCUCCCCCUGAAGCAUCUCUCCCUGGUAGCCCCCUGUUUCAAGCUCCUUCCACCCGUUAUAGAGCAAGUCUUCUCCUCCCUAAGCGAAGCUGCCAACGCUUGA